CAAACAAGGAUGUUAAUGUAAUAGUUGCGAUAGUAAUCUCCUAAAAACGGAAAGUCACGUUUCGAGCCAUCCUGACACCGUUGUGAAAAGUAUUUAAGUCUGCUUUGAAUAUUGAAAUUCAUUAGAAAACACUAGUAUCUAAACGUUGACAGUGUAACGUGAAAGAAAAUGAAAAUAUCUUUAGUAAGCGCGCUUUUGGUCUGCUGUUAUAUGACAAUUUCAAAAGCAAACGAGGUGUGCCUCAACGAGACGGAAUAUGAUUUCUACAUGAUGGAGAACCUUGUGACGGACUUUAAAAAAAGACUCGAGUCUUUGAAAGAAAAUUUCAAAGAGAUGGUACAUGCAAAAUGUCAUAAAACGAAAUGUCCUCAAAGCUCUUGCGCUGAUGAUUGGGUUUCUUACAACGGAUCUUGUUACCGCUUUGAAACUUUUCCAGCUCGUAAUUUUGAAGAAGCAAGGGCUUUCUGCAAACAAAGAGAGUCUGUAUUGUUGUAUGUACAAGAUGCGGCGGAAAAUGCGUUUAUAGUCAGAAUGCUAGGCCGCUCGAAAUCAAGUCCUCAUUGGCUAUUGGGUUUGACUGACCAAGGGUCUGAAGGAAAGUGGAAAUGGAUCGACACAAGUGCUCCAGCGACAUUUAUCAAAUGGGCUCGCGGUCAACCGGAAGGUCGCACAAGACAGAACUGCGUGGUGUACAGCAGUUCUGCCUCAUAUCAUUGGCAUGACACAGAAUGUACUAAGCGAUAUCCAUUUAUCUGCAAAACAGUAAAAUCGACAACAGGAAGACAACAACAUAUAUUUGUUCAUUGACGUAUCUAUCGUUAUUUCCGUUAUGUUACUAAAGACACUUUCACACAAUAUUAUGUAAUGAAUUGCGACCAGCAAAAAAUUUGUACGAUCUUAUACUACUUUAUCAUUUAUAU